AUGAGCGAUUUCACUGCAAAAGAGGUCGUUGAAGCGGCUGAAAGGAUAAAGAACGUCGUCCAUAAAACUCCGAUUUUCACCUCGGAAACGAUCGAUCGUUUUGCCGGAUGUCAUGUUUUUUUCAAAGGAGAACAUUUGCAGAAAACCGGAUCCUUCAAGGCGAGAGGCGCUUGCAAUGCAGUACAACUGUUGAAAGAGGCCGGGAAAACGAAUGGAGUGAUUACCCAUUCGUCGGGAAAUCACGGUCAGGGUUUAUCCUAUGCAGCUCGAGCGGCCGGCCUACCCUGUACCGUCGUAGUCCCGCGUACAGCACCACCGUCAAAACUCGAAGGCAUGAAAGCCUAUGGAGCCGAGAUUAUUCUUUGUGAGCCGACGAUGAAAAGUCGCGAAGAAACGUGCGAAAAAGUGGCCACAGAAAGAGGAUUAACAAUUGUGCCACCGUUUGACGAUCAAGUGAUCAUGGCUGGCCAGGGAACAGCCGCAGUCGAACUGUUGGAUGAGUUGCCCAACUUGGACGCGGUUUUCCUCGCUGUUGGCGGUGGAGGCUUGGCUGCUGGCAUGGCCACUUAUAUCAAACAGACGAAACCCAAUGUGCAGGUGUAUUUGGUCGAACCAAAUGGGAAAGGAUUGCAUAUUUAUUUGGAAAACGGUCAAAUUCGAGGCGAUUUGGACUCGCUGAACACGAUAGCUGACGGUAUUCGAGUGUUGCGAGUCGGCGCUAAUCCAUAUCCAAUUUUGCAAAAAUAUUGCAAAGACACGAUUUUAACGGUCGGCGAGGAGGAGAUCAAAGAGGCCGUGGCGCUGAUUUGGACGAGGCUGAAGCAACGCGUCGAGCCGACGGCGGGCGUGCCGUUGGCCGGUUUGUUGAAAAUGGCGAAAGAGGUCGGGUUCGCGUUGAAGGGCAAAAAUGUGGCGAUCAUUCUCUGCGGUGGGAAUUGCGAUUUGACCUUUUUGCCUUUA